CAAACACUGUUACCCAAAACAUGGCCACCUGCAGCAGAGCGGUGUGGAGAGUUGUCUCCGGAUGUCAGCGGUUGUCUUCUGUCCGUCCCGUCAAUGUUUUACCCCAGACUCCGGUCUUCUCCAUCCCCGGGAGAACUUUUGCUGUGGCCCGAACAAAGACGAAGGAUAAGAAAGAGGAGGAGAAGAAGGAGGAGAAGAAGCGGCAGGUGAUCGAUGACUCCGGACGUCACAAACCGUACGGGAAAACGGCCUGGGCCCCGGUGGACGACGUGUACAUCCUGAGGUACUACCCCCGGCCAGUUCACCGCGUGGACGACGCCGUGGAGCUGCUGAAGACCUACAGAGCCCUGGACUUCACCCCCGAACGGCAGCAGGUUUACAUCGACCUGAGGCUGGACAUGAAGCUGGAGAAGAAGAAAAGAGUGGACCCGUUCGUGAGCACAGUGCACUUACCUCAUCCAUUCAAGACGGAGAUGAACAAAGUUUUAGUUUUCACAGAGGACGCAGAUCAGGCCAGAGUGGCUCAAGAGAACGGAGCCGCGAUCGUCGGAGGAACAGAAUUGAUGGAAAAAAUUUUAGACGAUGAAAUUUCAGCAGAUUUUUACGUUGCUGUGCCCGACAUGCUGCCCAAACUGGUGCCGCUCAAAAACAAACUCAGAAAGAAGUUUCCCAAAAGCAAAAGAGGUUCGGUCGGUUUGAACAUUACCAGAAUGCUGGAGCUCUUUAAAACAGGACAUGAGUAUACAGUAGAAGAUGGCUGCUUUGUUCGGACACAAAUCGCUACGCUGGACAUGCCCUCAGAGCACAUCCUGGAGAAUCUACACACCAUAAUGGCCGACGUUUACUCCCACAGACAGAGCACCGCAGAUUUAGUUACUCUCUUGACCGAGAAAACAAGGCACUUGCCGACCACAGCGACGCCCUGGACACGCAAAACUUUUUUUCCUGUUCGUCCACAGCACCCAAGACGCUCUUCAGGGGCUGUUACAUAAGGGUGAGUUGUACAGUUGUAGGAAGUAUUAUCUGUUACAUAAGGGUGAGUUGUACAGUUGUAGGGAGUAUUAUCUGUUACAUAAGGGUGAGUUGU